CAAUUCACUUGUUCUUGUCAAUAAAGAGUAAUCAACAUGCAUAUGUCCAAUUCUGUCCACCAUGGCAGUCUUGAUUUAGGUUGUUCUCCCACCGAAUGCUUGGGCACAGAGUGCUCCAAAGUCUCAAUCACUGCCAACUUCUUGAUGAUAAGUUGAAAGACAAGUCCAUGUGAUCCUUCAAAUGCUUAUGUCUCUCCCCAAUCUCCACCUGGAUGCCUCGACGCCACCCACUCCACAUUUUAGAGAUUUUCUCGGACACCAUUCAUCUAUAAAUACACAUACACAUAUCUUUUCACAGCCAGAACAACAACUCAGAUUCUUCUUCCUUACCAUCUUUGAUCUUCAUAAUCUUUCUCAGCAUUAGCACUGAUAGAUAGUCAUGGCAAUUCGAUUUCCCAGUAUUUUGCAUGCUAAGCACAUUCUCCGCCGAUCAAACUCAUUUAUAAAGCAAGCGGCUUCAACAUCUUUAGAUGUUCCAAAAGGCCAUUUUGCAGUAUAUGUUGGAGAGAGUGAAAAGAAGAGAUUUUUGGUUCCUCUAUCAUUCUUGAACCAGCCUUCAUUCCAAGAACUGUUAAACAAGGCUGAGGAAGAAUUUGGCUUCAAUCAUCCAAUGGGUGGUCUCACAAUUCCCUGCAGCGAAGACAUCUUCGUUGAUCUCACUUGUCGUUUACAUGAACUGUGAUGAGUGGCGGCGGCACUAAAAUAGAAUAGCAGACAAUUUUGUAAAUUUACAUAUUAGGCUGAAGAAAAUAUUACAGAUAGUAUUGCAGUUUCAAAAAACUUCAAUGCAUGGGACUAUAUAUUUUUUCUGUGUUCUUAA